AUGGAAUACUCUCUUGCAGAUCUUGGCACCUCGCUCAUUUCGGGAGGAAUAUCUGAUAGGCCAAGAAAGCGGAUGAGGAAGGGGACUCGCAGUUGUACUGAAUGUCGGAGACGAAAGAUCCGAUGUAUCUUCCCUCCCAGUAGUUCCGUCUGCUCCCAUUGUUCCACCCGUGGCUCUACCUGCAUCGACCAGAAUGAGGGCGUAGACACCACAGAGAAUGUCUCACCAACAAGACCGCAGACCUCUACACCCUCUUCCACUUCAAGGAGACGGCCGAGAGUUCAGUCUUUGCCGAGAGUAUCCUCACGUCAAGGAGACCUGACGGCACGGCAUACUUUGGUCUCGGACGAAGAGACCUCGGAUAUAGAGACGCCAUCGGAUCAUCCGCCUCCCAUCGUCGCCGUUCUAGAUGAUACUCACGACAGUACUUCGAUGCCAUCCAGUGGCACUCGCCUCAGCCAGGCGGCAGCCCACAAAGCAAAGAUAUGCGGCACCCUCCGCUCAGCGCUCCCCAGCUACGACGAGAUUACGGCUACUCUUUCCAACCAUGGAUCUUGGUGGGAUAGCUUCCGCCAGAAAACGCGUGCCAUAUCUCAAAGUGAGCCUUUGGAGCCGCUCCUCUCGUUUGCCGCCCAUGCAUACACAAGCACCAGCCCAGCCGAGCUCGCAAUCUUGGCUGUUGCCUAUGCCCGGAGUUUAGGUCAAGGUCAUGGAAUCUUCACUCUCGUGGACACCCUCAUCAUCGGUGACUUCGCUCUGGCAGCUUCGUUGGAUGGCAUGGAGUGUUUAGUUUUGCUAGCAAAGACGUACACAGACAUUGGACAGCCACGAAGAGCAUGGUUCACAUGGCGGAAGGGUUUAGCCAUUGCACAAAUGAUGGGCAUGCACCGUCUUAGUCCAGCAGGUCCUGCUAUGCGGCAGCGGAUAUGGUGGGCUAUUUAUCACGGCGAUCGCUUCACCAGCCUACUUCUCGGACUCCCUCAUGGAUUCAAUGAUGCCCUUCUCGACACUUCGGAACCAAAAGAUGCAGAUUCAGGCUCACCUGAGGUUUGGAUUCCCAUAUUCAUCCACAGGUGUGCAGUCACCGCUGGAGAAGUCAUCAACUAUCUCAUAUCACCUGGAAAGCCAGCCUUCGCCAAGGCGAUGUCUCUCGACGAACAGAUGGAUGACAUCUACAACUCAGUACCCUCAAGCUGGUGGGAUAUUCCGGACAAACUCCCCAGCUCCCGCAUUGAGCUCAACAACCUGGUUGACCGACUGUUGAUCCAUUUCUUCUUCUUCCACAUACGGAUGUACAUCCACCUGCCAUUCCUGAAGCACUCAUCCUCGUCAGCAUCACAAGAGGUAUCCAGACUUGCGUGCACAAACGCAGCCAGGCAACUCGUGAAGUGCUUCUUGGUUCUUCACGCCAAGGUGGACGGGGUGAGCCUGUUUGACUGCAAGACCUCGGAUUUUGUUGCCUUCACGGCCGCGGUGGUCUUGCUGAUCGGAAAUCCCGUCUCAAUCAAUCGCUGCAGGCCCAAAGAUCUGCAACUUGUCACUAAUGCUGAGAGUAUCUUUCGGGCGUCCGAGGAAGAGGGAUGUAAGAUGGCCAGCCAGUGCCAAAAGGCAUUGGCGCUUCUCUCCAGUCCUCCACAGCCGGGAGGGUCUACUCAGGAGAUCCCGAUCCCUUACUUUGGAAGGAUCGCACGGAGAGUGCCAGAGCAAAGUUCCCGGGUUGGAGACGAAAGAACAGCCAGUACCUAUCCUCAGUUAACACCGUCUACAACGGAAGCCUCCUCUUCUGAUGCACAUAGUACCUGGGGAAGCGCAUAUAGCUUGGAUUAUAUGGGAUUUACUCCAGCUCUGGCAAUGGAUGAGAUGUGGGGAUUUGGGGGGAUCCCGGAGGACGACACGAUGUCUCCAUUUGGACUGGAUGUUGGGAUGAUGGAUAUCGAUCAAGACUGGAGCUUGUUUCUGCCUCCAGCAAAUGACUGA